UGAAAGAUAAGAGCUAAUUAGACUACUUGAAAUUGUCACUUGUCAGAGUAACUGGAAAAUUGACCCAACUAGAAAAAUUUUUCAAUUUAGUCUAUAAUAAAAUUAGUAUGGCUUCAAGCUUCACGAAAGCUCCUAUUUUUCGAGCAAUUGCAGCGAGAAACUAUUGCCAACUUGUGCCAGUAUCUGGAAACCCUUGUGCUGAGCUGAAAACUUGUACUCUUCCUAAUAAAUUAAUUGUUGCAGCAGUAGAUAACGAUGCUAGUCUCACGAGAGUGUCGAUUGUAUUCAGGGCUGGAAGUAGGAAUGAACAAUCUGAUAACUUGGGUACCACUCACGUUUUGAGAACAGCAGCUGGUCUAUCUACCAAAAAUGCUUCUCAAUUCGCUAUUAUUCGUAAUAUUCAACAAGUUGGGGCCAACUUAACAGCUACAAAUGACAGAGAAACAAUUUUAUAUACCUUAGAAGGUACUAAGAAAGCUGUUGAGAAAGCUUUACCAUUUUUAGCAGAAGUAGCCACCCAACAAGAAUUCAGACCAUGGGAAUUGUCAGAGUUAUCUAACAGGUUGAUGUUGGAUAUACUCACUAGACCUCUACAGUUGAGAGCCAUUGAUUUACUUCAUAAUGCAGCUUACCGAAGCCAAGGUUUAGGCAAUUCCCUUUUCAUUCCAAAAUCUCAAGUAGGAAAAGUUUCAUCUGAAACCUUACAGCAUUAUGUUGCUAGUAAUUUUCUCUCUGGUACUGCUGCCGUUGUUGGUACAGGUAUCAACGAGAAUGUUGUAAAACAAUUUGCAUCAAGUUUGGAAAUUCAAACAGGAGCCAACAAACCCACACCUUCUCCCUAUAAAGGAGGCGAACUUCGAUCAAACAAAGGUGGUCAAAUUGCCUAUGUUACUGUAGCCGGAGAAGGUGCUGCCUUAUCUAAUACUAAAGAGGCUCUUGCAUUUGCAGUUUUACAAGGUGCAAUAGGUUCUGGUCCAAGGGUAAAAUACAGUAAUAUUGAUCACGGAUUAUAUCAUAAAUCACUUGGAUGUCUAACUGAUAUUGCUGCAUCUGCUAUCAAUGUUAGUUAUUCAGACAGCGGUCUGUUUGGAAUUUUAGUUGCUGCCCCUUCAGCUUCUGCUGAAAAAGCAGUCAAAACAGCCGUGAGCGUUUUGAAGUCUGGUUCUAUAACAGAUGCUGAUGUGCAAAAAGGUAAAAAUCAAUUGAAGACGUCACUAUUUCUUCAUUCAGAAAGUGGAGCCGAUGUUGUUAAAGAUAUUGGAACCAGAGCAGUUUUAACUGGAGAAUUACAAACCGCUAACCAAUUAGCUGAUGUUGUAGAUUCUAUUACUACAAGUGAUGUUCAAAAUGCCCUCAAAAAAGCUGGAUCCAAACUAACUCUAGCGGCAAUUGGUAACCUCUCUAAUGUACCAUACUUAGAUGAAUUGAAAUAACUUUGUACAUUUUAAUAAAUAAUUUAUUGAUAAAAUAUAUUCUAUAGCUUGUU